CAGCAGUGUUUUGUUGCUAGUGGGGACUGUUGUGUUGUGAAAAUGGCGACGCCUCGUCGCUCCUCUCAGCAGCAACAGUCGAACACACUGCUGCCCUCUCAGCCCCGCAGCUCCUCCAUCCCCGGCAGCCCUUCCAGCUCUCCGCCGGCACCCGCCGACGAUGCGACUCCGCUUCCCCGUAGAAGCGCGGCGGAGAACACGGCUGACGGCGAGGCAGCCCCGGCCUCUCCCACCACCACCACCUCCACCUCUCCAUCUCCGGCCCUCUCCUCCGCGAGCAGCGGCAGCAGCAGUAGUGCUAGCUCCCCGACCACCACUGAGGGUAGCGGGGCAAGCCCUGGCUCUACGCCGGACUCAGGCAGUGGUAACCCGGGCAGCAGCAGCAGCAGUAACAGCAGCAACAGCAGCAGCGGUGUGGGUGCUAAUGCAAACGGGGCGUUCAGGGAGCUGUUUGAAGCCUGUCGAAACGGGGAUGUUUCAAGGGUGAAGAAACUCGUGGAUGCGGUGAACGUGAACGCGAAAGACAUGGCAGGACGUAAAUCGACACCCCUGCAUUUCGCAGCAGGUUUUGGGCGGAAAGAUGUGGUUGACCACUUGCUCCAGACGGGCGCCAAUGUGCACGCUCGGGACGACGGGGGUCUGAUCCCGCUUCACAAUGCCUGCUCCUUCGGUCACUCUGAGGUGGUGUCCUUGUUGCUGUGUCAGGGAGCCGACCCUAACGCUCGAGACAACUGGAACUACACGCCGCUGCACGAAGCUGCCAUUAAAGGCAAGAUAGACGUCUGUAUCGUGUUGCUGCAGCAUGGAGCCGACCCCAACAUCCGCAACACUGAUGGCAAGUCCGCGCUGGACCUGGCUGAACCCUCUGCGAAGGCUGUGCUCACAGGUGAAUACAAGAAGGAUGAGCUGCUGGAGGCGGCGAGGAGUGGGAACGAGGAGAAGUUAAUGGCUUUGCUCACUCCGCUCAACGUAAAUUGCCACGCGAGUGACGGUCGCAAGUCCACCCCGCUCCACCUGGCAGCAGGAUACAACAGGGUGAGGAUAGUUCAGCUGUUACUACAGCAUGGAGCAGAUGUCCACGCCAAGGACAAGGGUGGUCUGGUGCCUCUACACAACGCCUGCUCGUAUGGACACUAUGAAGUUACAGAGCUUCUGCUUAAGCAUGGAGCGUGCGUUAAUGCCAUGGAUCUGUGGCAGUUCACUCCGCUCCAUGAAGCGGCAUCUAAAAACCGAGUGGAGGUCUGCUCCCUGCUGCUGAGCCACGGGGCCGACCCGACCCUGCUCAACUGCCACAGCAAGAGCUCCGUGGACAUGGCGCCCACUCCUGAGCUGAAGGAGAGACUCACAUAUGAGUUCAAGGGCCACUCGCUUCUCCAAGCUGCUCGAGAGGCUGACAUGGCAAAAGCUAAGAAGACCCUGGCGCUGGAGAUCAUCAACUUCAAACACCCACACACACAUGAGACCGCGCUGCAUUGCGCAGUGGCAUCGCCUCACCCCAAAAGGAAACAGGUGACAGAGCUGCUGCUGAGGAAAGGAGCCAACGUUAAUGAAAAGAAUAAAGAUUUCAUGACUCCUCUUCACGUGGCUGCAGAGCGAGCUCAUAACGAUAUUAUGGAGGUGCUUCAGAAACACGGUGCAAAGGUGAACGCCUUGGACACGCUGGGUCAGACGGCGCUGCACCGCGCGGCGCUGGCCGGCCAUCUUCAGACCUGCAGGCUGUUGCUAGGAUACGGGGCCGACGCCUCGCUGGUAUCGCUGCAGGGUUUCACUGCUGCUCAAAUGGGGAAUGAAGCUGUUCAGCAGAUUCUCAACGAGAACGUCCCGGUGAGAAACUCCGAUGUGGACUACAGACUUCUGGAAGCUGCUAAAGCCGGAGACCUGGACACUGUCAAGUCGCUGUGUACGGCUCAGAAUGUGAAUUGCAGAGAUCUGGAGGGACGACACUCCACUCCCCUUCACUUUGCUGCUGGAUACAACAGAGUGUCAGUGGUCGAGUACCUCCUGCACCAUGGCGCCGAUGUGCAUGCCAAGGACAAAGGUGGUCUGGUUCCCCUCCAUAACGCCUGUUCAUACGGCCACUAUGAGGUGGCAGAGCUGCUGGUCAGACACGGCGCCUCGGUCAACGUGGCAGACUUGUGGAAGUUCACGCCGCUCCAUGAAGCUGCUGCAAAGGGCAAAUACGAGAUCUGCAAACUGCUGCUAAAGCACGGAGCGGACCCCACCAAGAAGAACCGAGACGGGAACACGCCGCUGGACCUGGUGAAGGAUGGGGACACUGACAUCCAGGACCUGCUCAGAGGAGACGCCGCUCUGCUCGACGCCGCCAAGAAAGGCUGUUUGGCCAGGGUGCAGAAGUUAUGCAGCCCUGACAACAUCAACUGUCGGGAUACGCAGGGACGCAACUCCACGCCGCUGCACCUGGCAGCUGGCUACAACAACUUGGAGGUGGCAGAGUAUCUGUUGGAACACGGAGCCGACGUGAAUGCACAAGACAAAGGAGGGCUGAUACCUUUACACAAUGCUGCUUCAUACGGGCAUGUGGACAUAGCUGCUCUGCUGAUCAAGUACAACACGUGUGUCAACGCCACAGACAAGUGGGCGUUUACUCCCCUUCAUGAGGCGGCGCAGAAGGGACGGACUCAGCUCUGUGCUCUGUUGUUGGCCCAUGGAGCUGAUCCCACUAUGAAGAACCAGGAAGGACAGACGCCCCUUGACUUAGCAACGGCUGAUGACAUCAGAGCAUUGCUGAUUGAUGCCAUGCCUCCAGACGCCCUGCCAAGCUGUUUGAAACCACAGGCCACUGUGGUGAGUGCAACUGUAGUGAGCACAGGUGCUACAGGGGGCGUGGUCAUCUCUCCCUCUCCGUCCCCAUCAUGCCUGUCCGCAGCCAGCAGCAUAGACAACCUGACUGCGCCCCUUAGUGACAUCACAGUCGGGGGAGCCACUGGAACCGCAGACGGAGCGUCCGGGUCAGAGAGAAAAGAAGGAGAAACUCUGCUCGACAUGACCAUCAACCAGUUCUUAAAGAGCCUGGGGCUGGAGCACCUCCGAGACAUCUUCCAGCGAGAACAGAUUUCGCUGGACGUGUUGGCAGAUAUGGGUCACGAGGAGCUGAAAGAGAUCGGCAUCAACGCGUACGGUCACAGACACAAACUCAUCAAGGGCAUUGAGAGGCUGCUGGGAGGUCAACAAGGUGGAAACCCGUACCUGACGUUCCACUGCUCCAGUCAGGGCACCGUGCUGAUCGACCUGGCGCCCGACGACAAGGAGUUCCUGUCUGUGGAGGAGGAACUGCAGAGCACGAUCAGAGAACACCGCGAUGGAGGCAACGCAGGCGGAGUCUUCAGCCGGUACAACAUCAUUAAGAUUCAGAAAGUGGUGAAUAAGAAGCUGCGGGAGAGAUACUCGCACAGGCAAAAGGAGAUCGCGGACGAGAAUCACAACCACCACAACGAGCGCAUGCUCUUUCACGGUUCUCCCUUCAUCAACGCCAUCAUCCAUAAGGGCUUCGACGAACGUCACGCCUACAUCGGCGGCAUGUUUGGCGCCGGCAUCUAUUUCGCAGAGAACUCCUCAAAAAGCAAUCAGUACGUGUACGGCAUUGGCGGAGGCACGGGGUGUCCCACACACAAAGACCGCUCCUGUUACGUGUGUCACAGGCAGAUGCUGUUCUGCAGAGUGACGCUGGGCAAGUCCUUUCUUCAGUUCAGUGCAAUGAAAAUGGCACACGCACCUCCUGGACAUCACUCUGUCAUCGGUCGACCCAGCGUUAACGGACUGGCGUAUGCGGAGUACGUCAUCUACAGAGGGGAACAGGCUUACCCAGAAUACUUGAUCACAUACCAGAUCGUGAAGCCGGAGACUGUGGCCGCACCUGCUGCCACGGCGGAGCAGAAGUCCUAAGGUACAGACUGUUGUGGACUUAAAGAGGACUAAAACUGGACGAGCGGGUGUUUGUAUCAAAGCCUCCACAGAACACAAGACGCGACGGCCAGUGGAAAAUCCCAGGAAAGAGGUGGACCCGUGUGUACGGAGAAAGACGAGACGAUGGGGUGUCUUUGAGAUUUUGGGGUAUGAAACAGAAUCCAGAGCAAAAAAAAAAUCCAUACAGUUUAGUUUGUCUAAUUAAUUGGAUCUAUUUUUUUGCGGGAGAAAAUGCAAACGGCUGGAUCAAUGUGUCUGGAAGUGAUCCAGUAAGCUUAAUUUUAAAUUUGCCAGCUUGUGGCUUGAUCUUUAAAACAAUUAAGGAGAGCAAUUAGAACCCGGACCACAGUCCAAAGCAAAAAAACAACAGCAGCCCCGCGUGCGUGUGUUUUCUACUCCCAGAUUUUAAUGUGUUGUCUUGAUGUCGUGUCCUCUUUUGGCUUUGUGCAUCAUCGACAGCAGCACAACAACGCAACACUGCUGCUUCCAGAAACAGCAGUUGUCUGACCGAGAGAGAGAAUAGAAAUCCAGCAUUUUCUCCUCCAGCUUCACACACUUUCACCAAUGAGCCUCAUCUACACACAAACAACAACAACAGAACACUCGUGUGUGAGCGUGUGUUCACAUCCUGUCCUCGGCAAACACACAGGGAACAAUGUAAUGAGCCUGAGCGAGAAGAAGUAAAAGAGAUUUUCUGUGGACAAAUGAGUCAGUAAGCAGAAAAAUAAACAGGAGACCCACAGUGAGAGUCCACUGCUGACUGUGGACUUUUCCACUACAGUUCACGACCAGGACCAUUUUACAGUCAACUCAUAACCAAACAUGUGACGACAAACAUGGACAUAAGCAAGCAAGCAAGCAGCAACCGCAGCAGCCGAGUGUGAUCAACUCAGGCACCUGUCGAUCAAGCCAUCCUUUCCUCAACACACCACGCAGAGCCUUAAAUUAACGCUUCACGAAAGAUUUCUCUCCAUAUACAACUAAUCACUCAUUUCAUUAUAGAUUAAUCUGAAGAUUAUUAUUUCAAUUUGCCAUUUUAGUUGUUUCGUCCACACAAUGUCAGAGAAUUUGUUUUUCCCCCAGACAUCGUAAUGGUGUUGUCCUCAAAUAACCAGAGAAACCAUAAGUGUUCACUUCUAAAAUGGUACAGUAGGCCGGGUUUUUGUCUGUGACCUUUCAGCCUCGAGCGCUAACGACUGCACCUGCUCCCUCCGUUUACAGCCUCGCAACGUGAUAUGUAGCAACGUGGACGGGUUCUGGAACAGUCACGGGUUCAGAGAGAGAAACGAACACCUUUACUGGAUACGAGAAAGGAAAUCACACAAUUAAAACCUCGACAGUCGAGAGUACCAGAGAUGAAGACACUGCCUCAGGUCUGAGAUGAGUGAGCUCAGGUCAGGGAGCAGUGGUCCAAAAACAAUUUUCUGCCACUUUAUCCUCCACAUGAGGGUCUUGGGAGGCUGGACUCAGUCCCAGCUGACACAAGGUGAAGAGUAGUAGUAGUUCACCUAGGACAGGUCCCCAGUUCACCGCAGGGUCAACACACAGAGACGACCUUUAGCUCUCACAUGAGGAAAACCAACAUGCAAACUCCACACAAAACUGGGAUUCAAACCGGUGACCUACUUGCUGUGAGGCAACAGUGCUAGCCACUCCUUCACCUCCAUCCCAAAACAUGAGUUGCAUUAUAAUAUAAUAUGCAUUAUAAUAUGCAGAUUAAACUCAGCAUUCAGUUACUUAUCGAGUCUAAGCGAGUUAUGCUUUUAUUUUGAAAGGGGCACUUAUUUACGCACAGUGAAUCAUUUCUGCCACUAGAGGGAUGAUGUUUAAUGACAUCAGGAGGCAGCGAAGAAAUCAUGGGAUCUGUUGUCUCGUUUGCUUCCCCUGAACAAGCGGUACACAGCGUUAACUAGUUGUGAUUGAUUAGUGACAGAUAAACUCACUAACUAGUUAAUACCGAACGUUUUCUUCCCCACUCUGGCGUUUAACAUGGCGGGUUACGAUAAAGCGGCUUUAAGGACUCGAAAGUUAAUAUUCUGUGAAAUAUAUAGCAUUAGCUUCAUUUUCUGUAGAUAUUUUUUUUUAUACACAAAUGUUACAUACUGUGUCUUUAAACCCUCAAAUGCAUCAUCAGUACAGUUGCAGUUUGAUUUAAUCCCUAAAUUAAAUGUACUUUACAACAAAGAAUGUGAACAAAGGUUCAACUCUAACUCUGGUGGUCGCUGCUUGUUUCAGGUCAGCUCACAGGGAAAAGAAAAACCACACCAAAUCCAGAACCAGAACCAGGGACCAGACUUAUGUAGUUACAAGAAAUGAUUGAUAAAGAUAUGUAUUGUGUUAUUAUUGUAAUGGUGAUCCUCGCCUCCUCAGCGCAGCUCAAACAUUCACAUUUCUCUUCUCUUCCACAUGAAUCUGUUACACCUUGUGUUUCUCAUCUCGUGUCGCUGCCUUUCCUUUUCCUCUCCGAACGUUGAUGCCCCCUAGUGGCGCAACAGAAGAGCUGCAGUAUUGAGUUAUCUCUAUAUCUAUAUAUACACAUACACUACUAUUUAUUUCUGUUUUUAUUUGAUUUGUCUUUAUUUUCUCUCGCCGACUUUAUUCCAUUCAGUUUACAUUCAUCUUUUAAGAAAAAUGUGAAGUGAGAUAUUUACUUAACCAGAAACCUGCAGCUCGACUGAAGUGGGCAAAACUCAUCUGUUGUACAUAAAUGUUUCCUUUUAUAUGAAGAGAUAUAUAUCUAUAUAUAUAUAUAUAUAUAUAUAGAUAUAUAUAUCUGUAGGAAUCAUGUACGACAGACGGCAGAAAGCACUGUGGUCUGUAAAAGCUUCAACUGAUGUUUUUAACUACUCUGACCAUGUUUUUCUUUUCCGUUAAUAGUUUUAUUAUUGAGUAUUAUUAUUUAUGAUUAUUGUUUGUUUUUUUUUAAUUAACAACACUGUAAAACUCACACGGGACCACGUACGCAUUUCAUUUCUUUUACUGUUUUAAAGAGCAUUGAAAGGUUGAAUGAAAAUUCCUUGAAAAGUGCAGGCGAACGGAGAAGAAUGUGGCCUUAAAAAGUUUAUAUAUAUAUAUAUAUAUAAAAAAAAAGACAUUGCCUUUAAUUCAUCUGGAAACUCGUGACAUGAUUGUGCUUAGAUUAACGAGAGUGUGGGGGCGUUAACAGACUAGAGAUUGGCGAAGCUGCUUUGACUUUUUAAUUUCUUUUCACCCUGCACUUCGGAGGGUGAAAUGAAGUCGACACGGGUUCAAACAAACUGUUUAACACUUUGAACCCGAGCCUUAAGUGAACAAAAGUUGUCCGUCCACUCUAAAUAUCUGCUAAAAUUAACGAUUAUAUAAACUGUUUUUCAAAGCCGUCUGCCUUUUUUUUCCCCUCUUCCUCCUCCUCCUCCUCCUCCUCCCUCUCAGCUCUGCAGCCCACGCUGCAGAUUUAAUAUUUCAUUCCAUUAACGACAAAAACGAUAACAAUUAUUUCCGCUCCCUUCGCUUGUCAACAAAGUAGCAAGUGAUUCCUUUUUGGGAGGGAGAAAUGAAGAGGAAAUGAAAUGAAUAAUUAGACAGAACAACAACUGAUGACUAAAGCAGAAUUGAGGGAGGGGGUGUUAAAAAAAAAAAGCUAAUAAGCUUGAAAUUAUAUUGUAAUAAUGAGACAUUUUCAAAGGGAAAAAGUGAAAGAGUUGCAGCUCGGGGACACAGUGUGUCCAUGCGGCGUUUCCCUGUGUAAUUUAUGUUUUUAAUGGCAUUUAACAGAACAAUGAAAGCUCAAUUUACAACAGUCAGAUUGUGGAGUUUGAAAACUUUUCUCUGUUUAUUGAAGUCUAAGUCUUUUGGACUUAGUUUGAAAAAAAACCUCUUGCGUCGUCGUCGCUGAGGUCAGCGGUGCAUUAUCGUUUAAAUUUACAUUUUAAAAACUACACUGUAUAUAAACUAACACCCGAUGGGCUCUUUUUAUGGAUGAUUUUCUGUUUACUUUUCUUGUUUGUCACUAAUUUCCUUUUUUUUUUUGUAUGUGAUGAAUUUGAAACGUGUUUCAGCCACUCGGUCUCUUCUCUACUCUACUCAUGUGUGUGUUGAGGGGUCAGGGGUCAGGCGGGGGGGAGGAGGAGGGUCAUCCUUUUGUGAAUAAGAGUGUGAGCAGGUUUGUUUGUGUCACAUUCUGACCUGCCUUCUACAUUUUCUCACCUGUUACAUUUGACCCGUUGUUGUACAGAUGGUUGUACAGAGCUAAUGUGGAACUGAAACUCCUCACACUUGUACAGAAAACAAAAAAAACCUUAAUAAAACAACUUAAAGCA